AACACGUUAGCUAUUCCUCUAACCCACUGUGUGUUCACGAAGGUUUGGAUGCUAGCGUUAAAUGCUAAACACUUAACUUCGUCCCAGAGUGUUAUGUAACGUUUACGGACUGCAGGGUGGGUACAGGCUGUUGGACAUCAGAGAGGAUUUUGAAGUCCUAAGAUGAGCUAUCCAGGAUACCCUCCUCAGUCAGGUGGAUACCCACCCCAGGCAGGAGGCUACCCACCUCAACCAGGGGCAUAUCCACCUCAAGCAGGUGGCUACCCUCCAGCCGCAGGGGGCUACCCACCAGCAGCAGGCGGCUACCCACCAGCAGCAGGGGGCUACCCACCAGCAGCAGGAGGCUACCCCCCUGCAGCAGGAGGCUACCCCCCACAGGCCGGUGGAUACCCACCCCAGGCCGGUGGCUACCCUCCCGCAGCAGGCAGUUUCCCUCCAGCAGCAGGUGGCUACCCUCCCCAGGGUGGUGGCUACCCGGCCCCCGCUGGAGGCUUCCCUCCUCAAGCAGGAGGAUUCCCUCCUCAAGCAGGAGGAUACCAACCACAGCCUGGAGCAGCAGGCCAUCCAUCCAUGCCAGCAGGUGGAGGCUGGGGUGCAGCACCAGGCGGCUAUGGCGCGCCAGGAGGGGCUCAGCAGGGAUAUCCAGGGGGCCCCGCCCCAGGCCAGCAGCCCAUGCCAAAUUACCCCGGAGCACCCCCUACUAACCCCUCAGUGCCUGGAUAUGGAAGUGGAGCUCCGUCCCACCCUCAGGCACCUGCCAUUCCUAAAGGGUACAGGGGCGCUAUUAAAGACUUUCCAGGGGCUGAUCCACUGAGGGAUGUUGAAGUUCUUCGAAAGGCUAUGAAGGGUUUUGGCACUGAUGAAAACGCCAUUAUUGAACUUCUGGGAAGUCGUACCAACAAGCAGAGGGUUCCAAUGGUAGCAGCCUACAAAACAACUUAUGGGAAGGAUUUAGUCCAUGAUCUGAAGUCUGAGCUCACUGGAAACUUUGAGAAACUGGUUCUUGCCACGUUAAUGAGCCCUUGCCGCUUUGAUGCAGCUGAACUCCGAGAGGCUAUAAAGGGUGCGGGAACUGAUGAAGCGUGUCUGAUUGAGAUUCUUUCAUCACGUUCCAAUGCAGAGAUUUGUGAAAUCUCUAAAAUUUACAAAGCUGAGUACGGCAAGACCCUGGAGGACGCCAUCAGCAGUGACACCUCUGGUCAUUUCCGCAGACUCUUGAUCUCUCUCUCUCAGGGAAAUCGCGAUGAGAGAGAGACUGUUGACAUUUCCCUGGCCAAACAGGAUGCGCAGAAACUGUAUGCUGCUGGAGAAAAUAAAGUAGGAACUGAUGAGUCGCAGUUUAAUGCCAUCCUUUGUGCUCGCAGCAAGCCUCACCUUCGGGCAGUCUUCCAGGAGUACCAGAAAAUGUGUGGAAGAGAAAUUGAGAAAAGCAUCUGCAGAGAAAUGUCUGGCAAUGUUGAGUCUGGCAUGGUGGCUGUGGUGAAAUGCAUCAAGAACAGCCCUGCCUUCUUUGCAGAAAGGCUGCACAAGGCCAUGAAGGGAGCGGGCACCAAGGACCAAACCCUGAUCCGCAUCAUGGUGUCCCGCUCUGAGACUGAUAUGUUGGACAUCAGACAGGAGUAUGUGAGGGCCUACGGAAAAUCACUGUACAACGACAUCUCAAGUGAUACCUCCGGGGAUUACAAGAAACUGCUGUUGAAGCUGUGUGGAGGUAGUGACUAAAAGCCAAGGAAGAUUACCUCUCAUAUGGACAAUAUAUAUGUCCAGAUUGAAACAAUCGUAUAAGAACUUAUAUCAGCAUGCAGUUAAAGCUAAUUUCCAUGUAACUAUCAAUAAAUACUUUUGUUUAAUUCAGAUCAUUCUAAUUUUUUACCACUUUAUUGUAGUAUGUGAUUGGCAGAUAUCAAAUAUAGAGAAAAUAUAAAUAUAGUAUAUUUAAAAAUGAAGAUUUUUUUUAAAGAUACAGUUGAUUGCUUUAUUAUUAUUGGGUAAGAAAGAAAGAAAGAAAGAAAAUUGGGUGAAAAUGCCAUCAUACUACUAUUCUAACCACUAAUAUUAAAAAUGUCAGCCACAAUGUUUAUCUCAAGUCUGCUUCUGUUUGUAUUAUGAUUAAAUUGGGGAAACAAAAGAUGCAAACCAGGAUGAGUGUUUAGUCUAAUAUAUAAAGUAUAUCUAAAUAGGAGAAAGCAUUAGGCAUUACUUUGUUUUUACAUUUUAUUAUUUUUAUGUUCAAGUAAGUAUAUGAAAAACUAUGUGUGUGACUAUGCAAGGUUUAGGCAAUCAACUAUAACCAAAUGUCUCACAGAAUAGAGGGAUCAUUUGAUGCUUGUGUAACUGGUCAUAAUUACAAGUAAUAUUUCAGUUGGAGUAUGAAGUGUCCAUGAAUUGUCCAUCCUUGCCAACUAACCAGAGUUAUACUCCUGCUUGUAAGUGUAAUUAUGUAUUCACUUUAUAUCAGCUUUACAAAACAAACUAUCUACAGACAAUGUUACCUUUCACUGAAUGUUUAAAAGCCAAAGUUUUAAGGACAGAUAAUGUGCCUUUUGUCAGGGCUGCUGUGUAAACUUUUUAGAGUCCAGUGUUUAUCUUGUGGUUUAUCUUGCAAACAAUCUAUACUGAUAAUAGUACAGCUGUAGAAAUAUAAUCCAUAAAUAGUUUUUCUCCAUUUUGUUUACAUUUUCUGUCAAUACUCCUCUCUGGUUUGUAUGUGUUCCUACCAGCAGAGGGCUCUCGGUUCACAUGAAGUGUCAUAUCAUUUGUAUGUGUGAUUGUUUUUCCUGCUGAUUUAGAGUAUCUGUUGCACUAACUCUACUUUGCCAUAGGUCUUGUAACAUAAUAAUGCUUGAAAUUCAAUGGAGGUCUUUUUCAGUUUUCUAAAAUUGUGCCAUUUGAUCGUCCCAAUGUCUCCUGAGACUUCCAUUAAGCCACUUCUCAUUUCAAUAAAAAAAAAACAUUU